GCGGGCGUGGCUGGGAAGCACGGGCUGCUCUGUCUCCUGUCGGACCGGAUCGACAAAGAGGUCCUCGACGCAGCAGGGCCCAACCUUAAAAUAAUCAGCACGCUGUCUGUGGGGGUUGACCAUCUGGCUCUCGAUGAAAUCAAAAAGCGCGGAAUCCGUGUGGGCUACAUCCCAGACAUCCUGACGGACGCCACGGCCGAGCUGUCGGUGGCUCUGCUCUUAGCCGCGUGUCGCCGGCUGCCAGAGGCGGUGGAGGAAGUGAAGAAUGGUGGCUGGACCACGUGGAAACCUCUGUGGCUGUGUGGGUACGGGCUGUCCGGUAGCACCGUUGGCAUCGUGGGGCUGGGGAGAAUAGGGCAGGCAGUGGCACGCCGUCUAAAGCCGUUUGGGGUCAAGACAUUUCUGUAUACGGGAACCCGCCCCAAACCAGAGCGCGCCGUGGAGUUUCAAGCCCAGUUUGUCCCACUGGCCAAGCUGGCGGAGGAGUCGGACUUCGUUGUGGUCACCUGUUCCUUAACUCCGGGCACUGAAGGAAUGUGCAACAAGGACUUCUUCGGCCGCAUGAAGAAGACGUCCGUGUUUAUCAACACGAGCCGGGGAGCCGUGGUGAACCAGGAAGACCUGCACCAGGCGUUGGUGAGUGGCCAGAUUGCCGCGGCUGGUCUGGAUGUCACAAGCCCGGAGCCGCUGCCUACAGACCACCCGCUGCUGUCCCUGAAGAACUGCGUGAUUCUGCCUCACAUUGGAAGCGCCACCUUUGCCACCCGGAGCGCCAUGGCCGUGCAGGCCGCGCACAACCUCCUGGCUGGCCUGAGGGGGGAACGCCUGCCCAGUGAGCUCCAGCUGUGACGAGAGCCCGGGACAGCGCUGGCUCGGCAGGGCCCGGCCUUGGAGCAGCCGCAGCGCCCAGAGCAGCAGGACGACGCAGCCUGUGGCAAAGCUGCUGCUGGUGCCUCGCAGCAUGUAGAACUGAUUAAAGCAGGCUGGUGUAA